AAUAUAUUAAAACUUCUUAACUACUGAAUAUUUAAAGCCGCUUUGCCAGUAACAUAAUCCAGAAAAUCAAGUUGCUCAGUUUCAUUAAUUGCCUAAUUAAAACUUCAAUGGAGAAGGUAAGUCCUCAGCCUUUUAAGAAUGCAAUAGAAAGUGGUAUCUUUUUAUUUGAACAUAAGUAAGACACGCAAAGUAAGUAACGUUACAUCUGUUGGAAUAUGCAAGUAAUGAGAGGCUUCGCACAAUCGAAAAUGUAAUGGUAAAUGGUGAGAGCAAGAGAAAUAAGGAAGGCGAGCGAACGUUUUCCUCGACGAGGAAUGAUCUACUUGAAGUGUGUACGGUCGAAGCGACAUGCGGUUCCGCUUUGAGCCAUUGCAUCUGUGUGCAAAACAAUUUGUCACGCUACUCUUCGAAAACACACCUUAACAACUACAACGAUAUCGUCCGUUCGUCUUUUAAUGUCACACAGUCGUCAUAGAGAGUGUCGUCUCCUUCAGUUUCUAUUUGGAUUCCGAAUGAGAUGCAUUAGAAGGAUAGCACAAGCCAUAAACUUGAAAUACCUUAGAAGUGAUCCAGAGUAUUGUCAAGAUGUCAUGUAGAGUACGGACUUUGGUCAAGCUAGGGUCCAUCAUCCUUUUCGCAUGUAUCGUCUCAACUCUAUCAGACACCAGACUCAUUCAGGGUCACAACCAGAAUUUAGGAGAAGCUCUUCAAUUCCUUCGAGAGUACGACUCUGAAGCAUCUGGUAUGUGCUUUCGAGUUAGCUCCGCCCAAUGGCGAUACUCAACGAACAUGACCGAUUACAAUAAGAGACGUAUGAUCGAGGAACAAAUGAUCCGGGCGAAAUUUGAAAAACUCUCCUGGAAGAAAGCGAUUACGUUCGAUUGGACGCGACUCCCGGAUCCCAUGACCAGGCGACAGCUAAAAAUGCUCGCGACCAAUGGAAGAGCAAGUCUUCCGGACGAGAAGUACAACGAAAUCCACCAUUUGAUCUCCGAGAUGAAGGAGAUGUACAAUAGCGUAAGGGUGUGCCCUUACAAUAAUAAAGAUAAUCGCUACUGCGAUCUGGUGCUUGAUCCUGACGUGAUUCGCCUGAUGGAGCACUCGAGAAAUCCUGGAGAGCUGAAUCACAUCUGGAAGGAGUGGCACGAUAAAACCGGACCUCCGGUUAAGAACAAAUUCAUGAGAUACGUGCAGUUAGCUAAUCAGGCGGCUCGAAUGAACGGUUUUUCGGAUGCUGGUGAACAAAUGAAACAUCAGUACGAGGACGAUCAUUUCGAGUUUGAGCUGAACGAGACGUGGGAAAAACUGUUACCUCUUUAUAAAGAGCUCUUCACUUACGUAAGGAAAAGAUUGUUGGGCAAAUAUGGAUCGGAGUAUAUUCGAGAGGAUGGACCGCUGCCGGCGCAUUUGGUAGGUAGUAUUUCUGGUCAGGAUUGGAACGGAAUAGCUGAUCUAAUGAUGCCUUAUCCCGCCGUCAAGAACAUCGAUGUAACUGAUGAGCUUCUCCGGCAAGGAUUCACCCCGCUAAGAAUAUUCCAAAUGGCAGAAGAAUUUUUCACUUCGAUGGGCUUGAAACCUAUGCCUCCCGAAUUCUGGAGAAAUUCUUUAUUGGAAAAACCGGUGGAUAGAAAGGUGCAGUGCACUGCGAGUGCUUGGGAUUUCUGUAAUCGUAUGGAUUUCAGGAUUAAGGAAUGCACGGAAGUCACCAUGGAUGAUCUUGUGUCAGUUCAUCAUGAGAUGUCGCACGUUCAGUACUAUAUGUCUUAUGCCGAUCAACCUUACAUUUACAGGGAUGGAGCUAAUCCAGCAUUUCACGAGGCCAUUUCUAACGCAAUCCGUUUAUCCGUAUUCAAUCCACAUCACUUCCAUAGAGUGGGUUUGUUCAACAACAACUCGGAAACUUAUGAAACGAACAUGAACUUCUUGAUGACGAUGGCUUUAAACAAAGUUGCGUUCAUACCUUAUGCUCUUCUCGUGGACCAAUGGCGCUUCCACGUAUUUCGCGGAGGAAUCCAAACAAUGAACUCGGCAUGGUGGGAUCUUCGCCUCAGGUAUCAAGGCAUAGUGCCACCAGCAGCUAGGAAUGAAAGGCAACUGGACGCUGCUGCGAAAAGGCAUGUAAUAGCGGACAUUCCUUACACGCGAUAUUACGUGGCUCUACUCCUAGAAUUCCAAAUCCAAGAAGCUUUGUGCUCUGCCGCCGGUCAUACCGGACAACUCUACACAUGCGAUAUAUACAGAUCACGUGAAGCCGGUCGGAUUUUAAGCGAGGCAUUGAAACUAGGAAGAUCGAGGCAUUGGAGGGACGUUUUACGUACCAUAACUCGAGGAAAACAGGAUCGCCUCUCGGCAGAUGCCAUGCUAGAUUACUUCCAACCGUUACUUAUGUGGCUGAGGAUUCAGAAUAGGGCGGAAAAGGUUAUUGGUUGGACAACGCACAAGGAGGACACAUCAUUGUUCCAACCGUUACUCUACAAAUCAUCUGCAUCCGCCCAAUCACUUUACUUGUAUCCAUUAAUAGCUGUUAUCGCAUUAAAAAUAAAUUUAUUGUAAAU